AUGAAAUUCAUUGACGAAUUAGAUAUUGAAAAGGUGAACCAAUCACUUAAUUUCGAGACGAAUGAUUGUAAGAUAACAGGUGGCUGCGAUAUAUUUACGACAAAACCUGUAGCUUCAGAUAAAAAACUUUACAAGACUAUUGAUCAUCAUUUAGAAACUAUACUCCAAGAAAAUGAAAGUUAUAAAGCUGCCAUUCAACAGCAAAUUCUAAUGGAAGCCAAUAAAUCUAUCUCACCAUCACCAUUUAAUCAAACUUCUAACGAUGCUUCAUCAUUUUGGGAACAAAAGAGAAGAAUGUCAGUGGGAGAUUCAUUUCAUAAUAACCAUUAUUAUACAAACAGUAAUAAUAGUACUAAUAACCCCAAUAAUAACAGUACUAAUAAUGUGAAUAACAAUACUGUCUCCUUUUGGGAAGAAAAUGUGGCUACCCCUCCAAUCAUUAGAAGCUCUAAAUUGAAUGAUCAAAAUUUGAAGGAAUUGGUAAUGGAAUCCAAUUCAGGAUAUGGCAGUUCAACAUCAAUAACUUCUUCAAAAUCUUCUUCCUCCUUAUAUAAUAGUAUGAAUAAGAGGAACGAUAGUAAUAGAGAUGAAAGCACUACUAAUGGCAUCAAUAAUGACAAUAAUUCUACUGAAGAUGGAGAGAAAAAGAAGAAAAUAAGAAGAAGAUCUUCAUUAAAUGAUACAAGUAGUAAUAUCACGAUAGGCCCAUUUGGUCCAAUCAAGGAGCCCGCAAGUAGAAGAACAUUUGCAUAUCUUAUUGCUAUCUUGAAUGCAUCUUAUCCGGAUCAUGAUUUUUCGACUUUGGAACCAACUGACUUCACCAGGAGUUCUUUAAAAUCGUUUAUUUCCAAGUUUGAAAGUUCAUUAUAUUCAUUAGGUAAACAAUCCGAAGAGUGGAUUUGGGAUAUAAUUAACCCUCAUAUGACUUUAGCUGACUGUGUUGUUUAUUUAUAUUCUCCAGCUAAAUCGUUUUUAGAGGAUGAACCAGGCUACCUGUGGAGUUUAAUGGGAUUCCUUUUUAAUAAGAAAAGGAAAAGAGUAGCCUUUUUAUAUCUAAUAUCUUCCAGGUUACAAAACGCAGCUCAUGACAUAAAUUAUGAUGACAAUUUUGCAAUGGAUCCCAAAAGGAAGUUAACAAUUGACGAUGAUUCUAAUCAAUUUGAGGGUGAGUACGAUUUGGUAAAUGACGAGGAAGCUAUUAUUGAUGAUACUGAAGAUGAUUUUCUUAUAGGAUCUCGAAUCUAA